UUUCAAGCUGUGUUGCUAAAAGAUUGUUCUCAUUUGUUUUGUUUACUUUCAUGGUAGUUUGUGUUGAUAAGUUUUCAUUUUGUUUUCCAUGGAGAAGAAAUUGUAUUAAUAUUUUAUCUUUAUAUGCCUUUGAAGAUGAUUUUGCAUUUUAAAAUUUAUAUAACUUAAGUUAGGAAGAUUAAGGUGAUCAUUGGUUGUUUCGUCGAAAUAUACGGUUUAAAAUUCUCUGUAACUAAUAAAAAUGAGGAGUCGCAGUAAUUCGGGAGCCCGAUUGGAUUAUUAUCAGCGAUUGGUCCAUAAAACCAUCCUUGAUCAUCAGAAUCCUGUUACAGGUUUAAUUCGAUCUACGUCAAAAAAUGAUCAUGCUUGGGUACGUGAUAGUGUGUAUUCUAUCAUGGCUGUUUGGGCUCUUUCCAUGGCAUAUAAGAAAAAUGCAGAUUUGGAUGAAGAUCGUGCUAAAACAUAUGAACUAGAACAGAGUUGUGUCAAGUUGAUGAGAGGACUUUUGAUGUCUAUGAUGAAACAGAAGGAGAAGCUAGAAAAUUUUAAGGAAACCCAAAAUAAGAUGGAUUCUCUUCAUGCCAAAUACAGCUCUCAGACGGGAGCUACUGUUGUAACAGAUGAAGGCUGGGGACACUUACAGCUGGAUGCAACUUCUUUGUACUUGUUAACCUUAGCUCAAAUGACUGCUUCAGGUUUGCAAAUAAUUUUUAAUUUGGAUGAAGUGGCAUUUAUUCAAAAUCUAGUAUUCUACAUUGAAUCUGCAUAUUGUAUUCCAGACUAUGGUAUUUGGGAAAGAGGUGAUAAAACUAACCAUGGUCUUCCAGAGCUGAAUGCCAGCUCUAUUGGAAUGGCAAAGGCUGCUUUAGAAGCAAUGAAUGAGUUGGAUCUCUUUGGUGGCCGUGGUGGUCCUUCUUCAGUAAUUCAUGUGCUAGCGGAUGAAGCUCAAAAGUGUCACGCUGUUUUGCAAUCCAUGUUACCUCGAGAAUCUAAUUCAAAGGAAGUGGAUGCAGCUUUAUUGUCUGUGAUUGGAUUCCCAGCUUUUGCUGUGGAAAACCCAGAACUUAUAAAAUUAACUAGAGAUACUAUAGAAGAAAAGUUAAGAGGCAGAUAUGGAUGUCGUAGAUUUUUAAGAGAUGGUUAUAGAACUGCUAAAGAAGAUUCUAAAAGACUGUAUUAUGAACCAUGGGAAUUAAAGGUUUUUGAAAAUAUUGAAUGUGAAUGGCCGUUAUUUUUUUGUUACUUCAUCAUUGAUGCUUGCUUUCGUGGGGAUAGAGAAACUGUUGAAGAAUAUUCAGAAGCUUUAGAUUGUAUAUUAAUAAAAGAAAAUGGUUUGAAGCUUGUUCCUGAAUUGUAUACUGUACCAGAGGAAAAAGUGGAUUUAGAAUACCAGAAUCCUCACAGCCAAGAAAGAGUAGCCAUUGGCCAGAAACCCUUCAUAUGGGCACAGUCUUUAUAUAUUGUAGGGAGGCUUCUACAAGAGGGUUUUCUUGCUCCUGGUGAAUUGGAUCCUCUGAAUAGGCGACUGUGUUCUGAACAAAAACCUGAUGUGGUUGUACAAGUUGUGAUAUUAGCUGAGGAUUUCUAUGUCAAAGAAAAACUCAAGAACCAUGAUAUUUAUGCUCAAACAAUUUCAGAAGUAGCACCUGUUGAAGUACAACCUGCCAGGGUUCUAAGUCAUAUUUAUUCAUAUCUAGGUAAAAACAAGAAACUAGGUUUAUCAGGUCGAUAUUCAAGAGAAGUAGGUCUUCUGAGUACCAGCAAACUAUAUACUUUACAGGAUCGCAUAUUUGCAUUUACACCUCAGAAUCUUGACAGAGAAGACUUUUAUCUAGUUAAUGAUAUAGAACUCCUUGCAAGUACUUUGCGGUCUGAUAUAGCAUUUUUAAGAACAAAUUGGUUAAUGCUUGGUCGCCCUACCAUGUGUUUGAAAUUUCAUCGUUACUAUUUGGAGCAAGAUAAAGUGCCAUUAGCCAUGAUAUCCACAAUUAAGAAGCUCAAAAGUGGUUAUAUUAAUGGAACAAGAGUUGCUCUUGGUACUUUGGAGGAUUUUCAAAGUACAUCUUGUAUUACAAGUCUCAGUUUUUUGCACAAUCAGGAAGAAGGAGACCCAGAAAGUCUGAAUUCAAGUGUAAGGGAGUACCUAGAAAAAGAAUUGAAUAAAUGUUUUCUUCGGCCAACAUUACCAUAUGGUGCAAUGGCUGCUAAACGGAAAAAAAGCUCAAUGCGAUCAAGGCGAUCUGGUGUCAGUGGCAUUAUUAAGCGAACAAGAUCUAUUCAAGUUGAUAAAUAUGAUCCAGAUUUAGUUAAUUUACGGGAACGCUAUGAGAAGAUUCACAGUCCACCACCUGUUUCACCUGGCCUUGAAGGCCUCUCUGUCCAUUCGGAAUCUCCUUAUUCUUCUCCUACAGGGUCUGGAGGAAGAACACCUUCACCCUCUGUAGAGCAUGAUGAAGUUGAUAGUUGGAAUGCUUCUCGUGUUCGUACUUUGUCUGAUAGACAGUAUGAUAAUGUAAAUGACGAAGAUUUGGUGAUAAUGUUUAAAGAAACAGAGUCUUUAGAAGAACAAGGAGAUAUCUUACAUUAUUUAGUUGGAAAUAGGGGAGUUAAUUGGGAUACAGGAUUAGGAGGACAAAAUGAAGCAGUUACCAUCAAAGAUUUAUUAAAGGAUUUGUAUGAAAAAGCUUGUCAUGAAAAGAAAUGGGCACUUGUUAGACAUAUUGCUGGAAUGCUAGGGAAGAAAGUGGAAGAUUUAGCUAAAGCAGUUACGGAUUUACUAGUGAGACAAAAACAAGUUACUAUUGGGAUGCCUUCAAUUUGUGAGGAAACGAUUACAAGACCCAUUCCAUCUAAAGAUUUGAUAGCAAUAAUCCAUAAUGCUCACGGAAGUGAUCAAAGCACAGCUAUGUUAACUCAAGAACUUUUGGUUUACUUGGCAAUGUUUAUAAGAACAGAACCACAGCUUUUUCAAGAAAUGCUUCGCUUAAGAGUUGGUUUGAUAAUUCAAGUUAUGGCUUCAGAAUUAGCUCGGUCACUUAAAUGCUCAGGUGAUGAAGCUUCUGAACAUUUACUGAAUCUAAGUCCUUUUGAAGUGAAAAUGCUUUUACACCACAUACUAAGUGGAAAAGAAUUUGUAGUGAAAAGUGCUCGAAGUGGUGUUGUGUCUGUUGCAAAUCCAAGCAAAGUUCAGAGCAAGAAAAGUGUUGUUGACAUCAUAUUGGGGAAAGAAGGUCAAGUGGAUGAAGGGAAUUUCGAGAGUGAUCGUCAAGGUCAAUGGUUACGCAGACGGCGACUUGAUGGAGCUUUGAAUCGAGUUCCUCGAGGCUUUUAUCCCAGGAUAUGGUCAGUUUUAGAACGGUGUCAAGGACUUUCCAUAGAAGGAAAAAUACUAAAUCAACAACUGACCAGAGAAAUGACACCAGGCGAAUUAAAAUUUGCUCUAGAAGUUGAAACUGUCUUGAACAGUAUUCCACAGCCAGAAUAUCGUCAGCUUAUGGUAGAAGCGUUAAUGAUUCUUACUUUACUUGUGGAGCAUGAUGCUGUGAAGACAUUAGGAGGCAUAAUUAAUGUAGAACAUCUUGUUCACAAGGCAAAUCAGAUUUUCUUGGAAGAUCAAAAACAUGUAAGUGGUGAUGCUACAAUCUGCUGUGCUGCUCCAAACAAUGAAAAUCCCUGUGGGGGAGCUGCUGGUAUUUGCCAACACUUCUAUGACAGUGCUCCAAGUGGCUGUUAUGGUACAAUGACCUAUCUGAUUCGAUCUGUGGCUUCAACGAUGGAUUGUUUGCCCAAACAAGAGUUAGAUUGCACUAUAAGUUAAAUGCAUCCUUUUCUAUAAGCCACAUAUCAUAUCCUUUUUCUGCAGCAAUAUAUUAGCAUAUAUGAAACUCAAACAUCCUUUUAUUUUCUUUUCCUGUAUAUGGAGAGAAGGAAUUUCUGUGAUUUUGCCAGUGUUUUGAAUAAAAUUCCUAUUAAAUACUAAUAGUUGAAAA